AUGUCACAAUCCGAACAAAUUUCUUCCGUCUUGUCAUCGCCUUCUUCUUCUGUAAUCGAAAUGAUGUCGGCGAGAGCACCUAGCUCCCCAACAUCACCCUCCACUCAGUUGGGAUACGAGAAGCUGUCUUCACAACCAGUCCAAACUCCGAUUGUACUUACUUCUUCAACAUCACAUGAGCCAUUGCAGGCGGAUUCUAUGGGUGCUACGGUACCAGAUCCAACCACCUGCAAGAUAGAUGUUGCUUUUGCCUCAAAGCAAAGCCCAAAGCGUGCUCGCCAGCAAGUUGAGGAGAAGGAAGACAAUCCUGAGCAUUCCAGAAAACGCAGGGCAAGCUCUAAUAGUAAGACCAUGGUUGAAGCCACGCUGUCCGUUGAGCAGGCAAUCCCAAGCAAAACUGAAACCUCGACGAGAAACGCACGAGCUCAAGCCCCUGUCGGCAAUGUCAGUCGAUCCUCGCGUGUCCGUAAGCCACCGAAGAAGUUUGGGGUCGUCGAUGAGAAGGAGCAGAUGUCGGCCAAGAAAUUCGUGCAGACAAAGAAGCCUGCCUCGAAGGUCUUCGAUCCCGUCUUCAUAACUUCGAACUCGACUAGUCGGCUGGGAAAGGCGGACAUAUACCAUAUGCUCCUCGAAGACAUAGCCUGGACGAGUCUCAGCCGUGACCAGCAAAAGGCUCUCUUGUCCAUGUUACCGCCCAGUCUCACGAAUCAAGAGGUUCUCAAAGAAGACAUGGUUGGAGACGAAGAGAUCAGCCGUCCGCAAGCUUUCACCAUGUCCAAUGACUGCUUUCGCACUGAUGUAGCCAAAUUCAAGGAGGAUCUCAUCAAUGGUCAUUUGGCCAAAACAUGGCAGGCUGCUGCUGAGCAAGCUGUUAUUGAGCGUGCAGCCGGGAAAUAUGAUGAAUGGAAGGCCGAAGAAGCAGAAGCAUGGUGGGGCCAGAAGAGUAAAUAG